AUGGCAGAAGAAGUGAAGCUUUUCAAGACAUGGUCAAGCCCAUUUGGCUUAAGAAUUGUGUGGGCAUUGAAGCUCAAGGGCAUCCAGUAUGAAUCAAUAGAUGAAGACCUUACCAAUAAGAGCCCUUUACUUCUUCAAUACAAUCCUGUCUACAAAAAGAUUCCUGUGCUUCUGCAUAAUGGACAACCUAUUGUAGAGUCACUUAUAAUUCUUGAAUACAUUGAUGAGACAUGGAAGAAGAAUCCCUUGCUGCCUGAAGAUCCUCACAAGAGAGCUACCGCUCGCUUCCUGGCGAAAUUUGGCGAUGACAAGGUCAUGUCCUCAAUCUGGGCAAUAUUAACCAAGGAAGGAAAAGAGCAAGAAGAAGCUUCUGUUCAGGCCAUUGAGAACCUGAAAUUCUUAGAGGAAGAACUAAAAGGAAAGAGAUUCUUUGGUGGAGAAGGGAUUGGAUUUCUUGAUAUUGCACUGGGUUGGCUUGCCAAUCUGGUCCCUGUAUUGGAAGAGAUACUUGGUUAUGAAGUCAUAGAUAAAGCAGGGUUUCCAUUUUUAUCAGAAUGGAUGCUAGAGUUUUCAAGUUUUCCUGAAAUUAAAGAAAACUUGCCUCUUCAUGACAAGCUAGUUACCAAGUUUCGUGCCUACCUUGCAGCAGCACCUGACAAAUGAACCUGUUCAUUGUAGGCAUUGAGAAAGUAAAUCAUUUGAAUUAUCAGAAAAUAAGCUCAAACACCUGUAUGAUUGUUUUGGUUAAAUUUGGCAUACCUUGUGC